UCUACUCUGAACCUUGUCAGAUGCGCAGGUCAGGUAAGCAACGCAAGGCUGAGCUGCAGCUGAAGCGCGCAGUCAAACGUGGUGACGUAGCACCACCUGAGGCACAACCGCGCAGGAAGAAUUUCAGGAGACCUCCGAAGCUUGGUCAUUCACUUGACGCAAGGCUUUUAGCAGAUGACGCAUCUAGGGCCGCAAGGAAGCUUCAAUCACAGUUCGUGAAGCUUGAUCCUGACUUCCUGGAGACCACGAAGCACUUGGCUGCUACCUUGCCCUUGACAAGGCCUAUAUCUGCUGAUGUAUGCGUCCUCGUUGUCGAUCAUGUACAGUCAGGCAACGAUCUCGUGAACGAUCAGCUCAAUGUCCCGAGGAGACCCAAGUGGAAAUAUACCAUGUCAAAAGAUGACGUAGAUGCCAACGAGCAAGGCUAUUUUCGCAGAUGGAUGAUUCAGACAGACGCCAUUGUGGAGCGUUGGUAUAAUCAAAAUAAUCAGCCAGUUGUGUCGGGCAUUGAUCUAGGGUCGGCUAGCCCAAGUGUUCCUGACACCGCUGUUCAAGACAAAAUGCCAUGUCCUCCUACCCAUUUCGAGCGCAAUCUCGAGGUUUGGAGACAACUCUGGCGAGUAACAGAAAUAUCUCAAAUACUUCUUUGUCUUUUGGACUCCAGAUGUCCACCACUCCACUUCCCGUCUUCGCUCGAGUCCUAUUUAGCCUCUCGAAAAGCAAAAGUCAUUCUCGUUCUCACAAAAGUCGAUAUCGCAGGUCCAGAAAGAGCUGAGGCAUGGACUGCAUAUCUUCAGAAGCGUCACCCAGGACUACCCAUCGUGCAAGUCGAGGCGUAUCAGCAAAAAGUGGGCGAGCAAGGACGUCCAGUCUAUGAAUCACACCUCCCCCUUCCCUUCAGAGAACGUUUAGUUAACGCCAUGCGGCAAGUGCAUGAAGAAAUGUUAAUCCCCCCUGAGCGAGUCCGCUCGGUUGAGGCCAAGCUGAAGCGCUGGAAUCCUCCAGUCAAGCGCGAGAUCGAUUGGAAUGGCUUGCUGCAUGCUCAUGGCAAAAAAGUUGGGAGUGUCGUUGGAGGCGCAGCUAUGCCGAAGGGAAAGGGCAAAGAGGAUACCGCAGACGAUGCCCAAGAACCAGAACAGGAAGGCAGUGAUAAUGAAGGCCAAUUAGAAUGGCAGGAGCCAGAAUUUCUGACUGUCGGUUUGAUCGGUCAACCGAACGUUGGCAAGUCAUCUCUUCUCAACGCGCUGUUCGGAAUACAUAAAGUUCGAGCAUCACGGACCCCCGGAAAGGUUCUCUGCGGAAUAUUACCCAUAUCCCGUGUCUCCGCCAUCCCAUUUUGCAUCCACCAAAUUGGGCAACUUCUCCCGCUCGAGACUAUUCUCGGUCUUACACACCCUUUGGCGAACAACGCACCCGUUGAGGACAAACGCACCUGGCGCGAUGGUAAGCAACCUUCAUUGAAGGACAACAAGACGCACUGGACAGCGACGGAGAUCAUGACCGCAUAUGCGAACAAGAAAGGCUGGGUUACCGCAAAGGCAGGCCGACCAGAUAUCCACCGUGCAGGCAACGCUAUGCUGAGACUCGUCGCGGAAGGCAAGAUAGCAUGGGCUUUCUGGCCUCCGGGAACCGACUUGACGACUGUUGGAUCCAGUGGGGGCAACGGAAUCUGGCUCAUACGCGAUGCAGAUCAGCACGCCCAAGAACUAGAUGAAGAUGAUGAGGGAGGAUCAGGCGAUGAAACUGACGAGGUCGAAAGUCCUGAUGAAGGCAAUGAUGACGAUGGUGAUAAAGAUGAAAAUCUGACCGGUGAAGAAGAAGAACACCAGGAUGCGGACUUCAAGUCUGUUACUGUUGGUCGCUUCGGUGUACUAGCGAUAGAUGAUUGAUUGAAGGUCGGUUGUCUGACUGCAUUCAACUAUCCUGCCAGCGCUGCAACAACGUUGCGAUUGAUGAUCAACUUGAAUACUAGCUGUACUAGACUACUAUCACCCGGGAGUUUAAGCUAUCUGAGGCGAUCUGCUAAGCUUGAUAUUGAUGAC